GUUCUUUGACCUCCAGGCUUCCGUAGAAUGAGGAUCUGGAACGUCUUCUAUGCCUGCUCUGUGCCUAUUUCUGAGAUCAUCACCGUUGAAGAAACGGACAUCAAUGGGAAACACUACACCAGUGGAAAAUGGCAGAAAAUGGAAAAGCCUUAUGCUUUCACAGUGCAUCGUGUGAGGAGGGCCCGGCAGCACCGCUGGAGGUGGGCGCAGGUGACCUUCUGGUGUCCUGAGGAGCAGCUGUGCCACCUGUGGUUGCAGACCCUCAGGGAGCUACUGGAGAAGCUGACGUCUAGACCAAAGCACUUACUGGUGUUCAUCAAUCCGUUUGGAGGGAAAGGACAAGGCAAGCGGAUCUAUGAGAGAAAAGUGGCGCCGUUGUUUACACUGGCCUCCAUCACCACCGAGAUCAUCGUUACUGAGCGUGCUAACCAUGCCAAGGAGAGUUUAUAUGAGCUCAAUAUAGACAAAUAUGAUGGCAUCGUCUGCGUGGGCGGAGACGGCAUGUUCAGCGAGGUCCUGCACGGCCUGGUGGGCAGGACGCAGAGGGACGCCGGCGUGGACCAGGACCAGCCGCGGGCGUCGCUCGUGCCCAGCCCGCUGCGGAUUGGCAUCAUCCCUGCGGGGUCGACAGACUGUGUGUGUUACUCAACGGUUGGCACGAACGACGCGGAGACCUCAGCUCUGCACAUCGUCGUGGGGGACUCGCUGCCCAUGGACGUGUCCUCUGUGCAUCACAACAGCACGCUGCUGCGGUACUCGGUGUCCCUGCUGGGCUACGGCUUCUACGGGGACAUCAUCAAGGACAGCGAGCAGAAGCGGUGGAUGGGUCUCGUCAGAUACGACUUCUCAGGUUUGAAGACCUUCCUCUCCCAUCACUGCUACGAAGGGACAGUGUCCUUCCUGCCAGCACAGCACACGGUGGGCUCCCCGAGGGACAGGAAACCCUGCAGGGCGGGGUGCUUUGUCUGCAGGCAGAGCAAGCGGCAGCUGGAGGAGGAGCGGAAAAGGUCGCUGUACGGCCUGGAGAGCGCCGAGGAGGUGGAAGAGUGGAAGGUUGUCUGCGGGCAGUUCCUGGCCAUCAAUGCCACCAACAUGUCCUGUGCUUGUCCCCGGAGCCCCCAGGGGCUCUCCCCGGCCGCCCACCUGGGAGACGGGUCUUCAGACCUCAUCCUCAUCCGGAAGUGCUCCCGGUUCAACUUCCUGAGGUUUCUCGUCAGGCACACCAACCAGGGCGACCAGUUUGACUUCACUUUCGUCGAAGUCUAUCGCGUCAAGAAGUUCCAGUUUGUGUCGAAGCCUGCGGAGGAUGAGGACGGCAGCGUCUGGGGCCGCGGGAAGAAGCGACUGGGGCAGCUGUGUAGCGACCGCCCCCCGUGCUGCUGCGCCGUCUCCAGCAGCGCCUGGAACUGCGACGGGGAGGUUCUGAGCAGCCCUGCCAUCGAGGUCAGGGUCCACUGCCAGCUGGUCCGGCUCUUUGCACGAGGAAUCGAGGAGAACUCGAAGCAGGAGUCGCACCGCUGAGCCGCCGCCUCGCGUCACCGGCCUUCUCGCUGUGCUUGGGAAGCGGGAGCGUAUUGGAGAAAAUUACUGCAGACCAAUUACGUUGAUAAGCAUUCAAACUUAGAAGUUUAUUUUUGAUAGUUAAAUCUUGAUUUUAGAAAAAAUACCUUUUGUCAGCAAUUCUGGGGACACAUGUGGCAUUUUCGGUUCUGUGUGGGUCUUUGGGUUGCGUUUCAUGUAACUUAUCCUCAGCAAGGGGCGCCUGUUGACUUGGGAGCGCUUGGCUUCUUAGAUUUCAACCAUGCUGACGGCGCAGAGGUUAAAGCGGCCCACUGGUGGCUCUCUCGCAAUAACUGUAGGGACAACGCGACGUGAAUGCUUUCCGUCGAGGUCACGCCACCAGGACACGAGUGUCUACAGGGUCACCGAUCUGCUUGGCAAGACUUACCCUGUAGUAGCUUGUGAUCAAGUUGUGGAAAGUACUUGGUCCUCUUUGCCUUUGUAGUACCUGCAUCUUAACUUGCGAUUAAGGCGUUAUUACUGGACCCUUCCUGUCCCGGGCGGCUACAGUGCAACAUCACAGUCCCGCCCGAAGCGACGCUUCCAGAGUAGCCCAUUGUAGCGAGUGAGAAGAACACUCCAAGUAACGACGCUACUGUAGCUUGAAAAGUCACAGUGGUGUUUCUAGACAAUCCAGCUGGGAGCGAGGACAAGUCAGGAGCUCUGGGAACGGGCGGCUUGCAAAGCCCUCACAGGGGUUUUUACUCUUUUAAAUUUGGAAUCCCCGAGCUUUCUGUCCGCACGGCGGGGAUGCCACAGCUGGGCUCUGGGGGGAGACAGAAAGCAGCCGAGCGCGGUGGGUGAGACGUUGAGACGUUCCUGCGCGAACUGUGUGAACUCCAGCCCGAGCGCCCCACCCCCAGGGGAGGGUCCCACGCCCCGGGGUCCCUUGGGCGCAGCCCCGAGUCUGUACCACGUGGUCCAGGUUUGUUCCUUUCUUAUCCUCACAACUUAUUUCUAUAUAUUUAUUGAAAGUUCUGGCCUUUAAACCAGAAGAGGAUAAACGGUGUCCUCACUGUCAGUGUUUUCGUUUAUUUCUGCUCAAGUGCUGGGGCCUCCCCGGGCCCAGGGCCGCCCCUCGCCUGGGCCUUGUUUUGUUGUGUUCGUGCUUCGGUGCGUGGAAGACGCAUCUAAAACAGCUUUAGCUGAAACGUGGGAGGACGCAGCUUCACCUUGGAUUUGUGAAGAGGGAGUUUGACUGUUACGAGAGGCAGUGUGAGCGGCCGCCGCCUCUCACGCAGGGUCCGGGCAGCCGCUUUAGCAUCUAACAGACAUCGUUUAUUUUUGGAAUUCCUUUGCAGUGAUUUCUAUUUGCAAGUACAUGUGAAAUGUCCUGUUUCACCAUUCAGUCCCGCCCAGGGCAGCCUCAACAGUGGUUUUUUAGGAGACCACGAUAUUAAGUGAUUGUGCAAGUUGAAUGAUUUGGUAACUGGCGGGUGAGUGAAAAGUCUGAGGAUGAGAAAGAAGGAGAUGCUGCCGUCUUGUUGACGUUUGCCCUCGGUGGGGAGGAAAGCAAAGGUGCACGAGCUCUGCGCGGGGGACCGUGGGCACCGUGGACUUGACUGCGCUGCUUCGCCAGGGUCCCCGAGAGGGUCUCCAGUCUUUAUCGUCCCUGGGAAAUGCUUCCAAUCACUGGCCUGCCCUGAAACGCACUGCCAAUUUUAGAAAAACCGUCCAGGUCAGAGGGUAGGCAUUUUACGUUCAGGAAGAAACCCCACCACGCCACGUGGUUCCUGCGUGCCUUGGCGACAUUCACCGACUGCUUGCCGACAUUCAAAAUCGCAGACCUUGGAGCUGCCCCUGGAGGUUGUGUGGCUGUCCGAGGACUGCCCCGCCCCACCCCGGGGGGGCGCUGUGGAUGACCCCCGUCACGGGGCUGGAGUACCUUUUGGACCUUGCGGCGCGUGAGGACCCUGAGUGGAGCGACCCCAGCGCCUACACUGUAGGAUUUUAAGAAAAAAUCAGAACUGAUGGCUGGACAGUGAAAACCUGGGGUCGCUGAGCAGCGUUAGUCUAGGUCGAUAACCUCCCGUGUGGCCUGUCGGUGCAGCAGUCAGGCCCCUGGGCGGGCGGGCGGCCGGCCGGCUGUGUCCUCACUGCGGUGCCGUGUAACCGGGCGGGCGGCCGGCUGUGUCCUCACUGCGGUGCCGUGUAACCGGGCGGGCGGCCGGCCGUGUCCUCACUGCGGUGCCGUGUACCUGGGCAGAAAGUGGCUUCAUUUCCUUUCUAGUCUUGCUGGCUUCAAGAUUAGAAAAUGGUGAAAUUUGCUCUGAUGUGUUUGAGAAGACAAAUAAAGUUGUUACUUUGGGCAGGACCUAGCUUCUUUUUUC